GGUUUCUCAGUGUAGACCAGAUUGGAUGAUCUAUCUCAGACAGUUUAACCACCUCAGUUUAGCAGAACAAAAAGUAACAGCAAUUGUUGGAGUAUCUGAAAGCUUUAUUACAAAGAAGGCCUCAGGUCAAGCUAUUAAAAAGGAUGUAGACAAGAACAUUGUCAACAGGCUCUACCUCUCCUUUGUUCUUUAUGCGUUUGCUCAAAGAGACCAAUGUCUGGAGUGUAUCAGAAAAAUUUAAUCUGCCUCGGGGAUAUGUACAAAGCCUUUUAAGUGGGGCUGCCUCCUUCUGCUCUUGUGUCCUACAUUUCUGUGAGGAGCUAGAGGAGUUUUGGGUUUAUAGAGCCCUCCUGGCAGAACUUAUGAAGAAGCUGUCUUACUGCGUGAAGGCCGACCUCGUCCCGCUCAUGGAAGUGACUGGAGUUUUAGAGUCCAGAGCAAAACAGUUAUAUGAUGCAGGCUAUAAGACUGUCGCACAUUUAGCUAAUGCAGACCCUGAAGUGCUGCUAAGAACUAUUAAUCAUUUAUCACGACGUCAGGCCAAGCAAAUUGUUUCAUCAGCAAAGAUGUUAUUAAAUGAAAAAGCAGAAGCUCUACGAGAAGAGAUGGAAGACCUGCUGAGGCCGCCCCCUUAUAUUCCUGGGACUGUACCCCUCCUCCAAGAACCAUGAACUCGCCCAGUGACAUUCCCCUUUAUUUUUUUAAAUAAAUAAAUAAAUGUGUGUGGUAUUAAA